AUUCUGCGAUUGCCCUUGAAAUUUGUAGUCUCCUCUUUUUCCGCGAUACUUCUCCCUUUUACACCUCACACCUCACACCUCACACCCUUCAACCCAACCUCAUCCAUCAACCCUCUUUUUUUUUUUCAAAGCAUUCCCUCCCAACUGAGAGUUGUUAUCAUAACCAAAAUAAACAACUCUCUACCACAUUCAUUUGGAACAGCGACUUUUAUCUCAAAAUCGAAAAAAACUUCUCUCUUCCUCCAAAAAUCAAUUAAAAUUUCAACACAUCAAAACAAAUACUCAAAAUCAAAAUCAACCCUCAGAAAUUCAUUAUCCUUUCAAAGCGACUUUACCUCAAUUUGUCCCAUCUCUCCCCCUACAAAUUAUUCUCAAUCCUAGAAGAAAAAAAGACGUUAGUGAAUCUUCGAAAUUAAGUCCGAUUGAACCUAAGCCAAGGUAUGUAUGUAAUUGAAUCUCUCGUGUUUCCAUUCAUUCACCGUCCCACUGUUCCCCAUUGAAAUCUUAUUUCCCUGUUGGUCGAGUCAGUCAUUCGUUGUUACUAUUUGACCUCACCUCGCCUUUCAAUAAGAUUUGUUGUCAAUUGUCGCAUCUUAGAGAUCUGAACGCUAAUAUCUUCUCUUCAACUUUGAAGUCAACUUCGAUCCUCGACGACGACCAAAUUCUCUCUCUCUAUCCCACCGAGAUAUUUACAUUUGUGAUUGCGCUUCACAUCCAAUCGAUAUAUUAAGAGUCUUCAAAGUUCGGAAUCAAGAAAACCUUUAGUCUAUCCAUAUCGCAAGAGUUCCCUUCAGAAUGAGGUUCACCCCAGUUUCAGUUGCGCUUUUGAGCGUUGCGGGUGUUGCAAUUGCGCAACCUCACAAUCAUCAACAUCGUCACCCAGCUAGAGCAAACAAGGUCGUACGUGAGAAUGCUGUUGUUUCGGUGACAGAGGUCAUGCCAGGCCCAAUCGAGACGGUCUACAUGCUCAAUGGAAAGGACAUCUCUCUGGCCGAAGUCCAAGCUGGAUUGGCAUCUGGAAAAUACGUUUUGGUCGGAGAUCAGGUACUCGCUGAUGCACCAUCUGCUACUAACUGGUUUACUGGUUCAAUUCCGCCCGUCCCAACCACCACUCCUACUGCCGAGACCACUCCUGCUGCCGCAACCACUCCUGCUGUUGAGACCACCCCUACGCCUGCCCCCAGCUCGACCACCAAGCCUAUCGCAGAAUUUAUUGAGAAGUUCUCUUCAUCUUCUUCCAAAUCAUCGUCAUCAUCGUCCUCGACUUCAACUUCGACUUCGGCAUCUAAAUCAAGUACUGCCGCUUCCAAGUCCUCCACAUCUGCGGUUUCUGUUCCCACAUCCAGCAGCUCCAGCAGCUCCGGCAACUGGGACGACUUCCCAAAUGGCGAAAUCUCUUGUUCCACUUUCCCAUCUCAGUAUGGUGCAAUUCACGUUGACUACCUCGGCUUGAAUGGAUGGAUCGGUAUUCAAAGCACCCCUGGUUACACCACCUCUGCUUCUUCAAUCGUAACCAUUAACACCAUGACAAGCGGUGGAUGUGUUAAGGGUGCGUUCUGCUCCUAUGCCUGCCCAGCUGGGUACCAGAAAUCUCAAUGGCCUUCCGCACAAGGGAGCACCGGCGAAUCGAUCGGUGGUCUUUACUGCAACGCCAAUGGCAAGCUUGAAUUGUCCCGACCUUCUGUUAAACAACUCUGUACCGCUGGAUCUGGAUCUGUCAAGGUGGAGAACAAGCUCGGCAGCAUUGUUGCUGUUUGCCGCACUGAUUACCCUGGUCUUGAGGCUGAAACCGUUCCAUUGUCUACCUCUCCUGGUCAAACCUACGAUUUGACUUGCCCAGAUGCCAGCGAUUACUACUCAUGGGAAGGACUACCAACUUCUGCACAAUACUACAUUAACCCACAAGGGACUGGCAUCAAUGAAGCUUGCGUUUGGGGUACUCAAGGUGGAAAUGUCGGUAACUGGGCUCCCGUCAAUGCUGGUGUUGGUAAAGAUGCUUCUGGUAACACUUGGUUGUCAAUCAUUCCCAACACCCCAACCAACACUUACGGCACCUUGGACUUUACCAUCUCCAUCGAAGGUGAUGUCUCCGGAAAAUGUUCCUACUCCUCUGGGACAUACUACAACAAUGGUGUUGUGUCCUCAACAGGCUGCACCGUAAGUUAAUUUAUUCGCAAGAAGUGGUGGGUUGUUAGCUAACAAAUUCUUUAGGUCUCCGUUAACCCAGGUGGUACUGCCACAUACGUCUUCUCAUAGACGCUUGACGUCCUCGAUUUCCUUUCCAAAAUUUCUGGUGCACAUACUCUUUUCUUUUCGCGCGCAUACCAUGAUUGCAACUUAUGAUCGUUGCAGUCAGUUUUUCUUUUACACGCCCUCAAGUUAUUCUAAGCCUCGGAUCUUCGAACCUACGCUCCACUUGCAACUUUCGAACAAACUUGUCAAUAAUAUACCCUUUCCAUCUGGUCUCUGAAUAUACUUCGUGUGGCAAUUUUUCCUUUUGUAAUCAAUGUCGCUAAUGUUUUUACAUUAUUGAAGUGGAAGGUAUUUGGACGUUGGAAUACAACGCUCCGAAUGUUGUGUAGGCAUGGAUGAAUGUCUUGUGGGUUGGAGGUGGUGGGUGGAAUAAAAGUUGUGUUCUCAGCAGAUGAAUGUUCAUAUGACGACGGGAAAGCCUUCUUUCCUUUGAAGCGAUCACCUUGGUUAACUCUUCUACGUAUCUGUUACGCAUUUUGAAGGAGACGUGCUCCUGGUACAGAGUGCCCCUCUAUCCCUACGGCCUUUUAUCAAUUUGCCGCAGGCACUCUUGCAUAUGUUUUCAUACUGGCUACAAAAUAAUUGGACGGAGCGCAUACGGAUCUGGGAUUUGUCGCCAUGUCUUCCUUCAAGGGAGACAUGGUAGAGAGCUAGUGAGGCUUGUUUUAUGUGGAUGUGAAUGGCAAACUUGACGACAUAGACUGCGAAAUAUGGUACAUGUAUCAAUACAAGUAGUUUAGUCGGCACAACACAAAGACGAGGAAAAAGGAGAUCUGUUACACUCUACUUAUUCUACCUUUUCAAGAAAGAUGAUGAGAUAUUUUGAGAAAAGAAAAUAAAAAAACAGCUAAAUAGAAUAAUCAGAUGAAGUGUGUGGCCUUUUUCGUGUAUACAAAU